AUGGACAAGGCCGUCGAAAACCAGGUACGAGGAUGCCUACCGUGCCAAGCUGUCCAACCACCAAAUAACGACCAGCCAGUCAAACCUUCGGAGCUACCAAUUGGCCCAUGGCAGUAUGUGGAAAUGGACUUCCAAGGCCCUUACCCCAACGGCGAAUAUAUAUUCAUCAUGAUUGACCGUUACAGUCGAUGGCCGGAGAUGGCAUGGUUCCGAAAUGCACCUAAUGCGAACACCACAAUCGCAGCCAUGGAGAAGAUAUUCACCAACAAAGGUGUUCCAGCGGUAUGCCAAUCGGACAAUGGCUCGCCUUUCCAAUCAAAAGAGAUGGAGCAGUUUGCCCAAAGCAGUGGAUACCGCCAUCACCACAUUACUCCGGAAUGGCCCAGAGCAAACGGAACAGUUGAGCGAUUUAAUCGGAGUAUGAAAGAAGCUCUGCAGGCAGCAACUCUGGAAGGGAAAUCCCUGAGAGACGCAUCACAAAGAUUUCUGCAGAUGUACCGAUCUACCUCACACAGCGCGACUGGUGUCAGCCCGCAUGCUGCAUUGCAUGGCGGAAGAGAAAUGAGAACAGUACUUCCACUUAUGACACCAACCGACCAUGUUACAGACCGUAUACGAGACCAACGAUACAAAGCCAAGAUGAGAAACGGACUGCGGCCACAUAAACUUCGGGUAGGUGACAGUGUUAUUGUGAAGCAGACGAAAGUCAACAAGCUGACGCCGACAUUCAACCCUACACCUCUGAGAAUCACCGAGGUCCAAGGCUCGAGAAUAACUGCACGGGAGAUAAACGGCACGUGGACCAUCACGAGGGACGCGUCGUACUUUCGAAAGAUUGCAUCCGACACGCGUGCGGAUAACGAAGAUUACCAGGACGCAUCAAACGAGAGUGACGAAGAGACGGAGAACGAAAACAGGGGGAACCAACAGGAAACGUUGGAUGAAAGCACUGAGAAAGGGCAAAGACCACGACGGACAACACGGAGGCCGAGUUAUUUAGAAGACUACGACACUUAA